AUGAAUCAGAACUCUUCGGAAUCGUUGUUACAAAGUGCAGAUGAAAAACUUACCAUCGACAAUCAAGCUUCAGACCAUGGCAACAUGAAUUCGAUUCCUUCCGUUUAUAGAAAGAAUUUAUCUGUUUCAUCUUAUCCACAAGAAACACUGAACAAAGAAACCGUUCACAUCAAUUUAGAUCCUAAUACAGCGCCUGCUCGAUACCGUGGCAUUCGUGAUUUAGAUUUAAAUUCGUGGGAUGACGAAGCAGCGGGAAAAUUACGUGUAUCAUUUCUUCCUUCUGGAGAUUUAUACGACUUUUUAUCUCCGUGUAGACGUUCCCUUGGCCUUCGUGCCGUUACUCGCUCUGUAAAUUCGCGGCCUCUUAAACGAACAUUAGGUGUUAUCUGGUUUGUUAACGAUUGUUGUGGGAUUACUUGUAUUUUUAUCACUUGGCUGCUUAUUCUGUAUGCAGAGUUUGUAAUAGACUUCAUAAUACUAAAUCAUUCUCCAUCACAUGCCUUUUACUGGACUAGUGGAACGAUUUAUCAUUUGUUUGCCAUCCUGGCAGUAGUUUCUCAUUUCAAAGCAUUCAGCACAGACCCACAUCCAAUCGGUGCAGCAAAUCAAACAUUUGCAAAAUGUUUACAACAGUAUUCUUCUUACUUAUCUGCCCCUCCUAUACGUUGCACAAAGUGCCUUACUAUUAAACCUAUUCGUGCCCAUCAUUGUCGCAUUUGUCAACGAUGUAUACGUAAAAUGGAUCAUCAUUGUCCAUGGGUAAAUAAUUGUGUCGGUGAAGGUAAUCAAAAAUACUUUGUUUUAUUCGCUUUUUAUAUUUGUCUAAUGUCAUUUACUGCUAUUGGAAUGUGUAUUUAUUUCCUUUUGCAAUGUUUGGGUUCCGAUUGGGAGGUUUGUCAAUCAAAUCAGAGUGUUAAUAUACUAGGCAAUUUUAGUUCAUUAGCGUGCAGUGCAUUUGCCCUAGGAUUGAUAUGUGAAUCCUUGAUGUUCGGUAUUUUUACUUUAGUAAUGUGCAUCAGUCAAUUGUGCGCUAUUUCAAAUGAUGAAACAGGAAUUGAAAAUAUUAAAAAAGAACAGUCAUCAUGGGAGAAACAAUCAACCAGGAAAAAUUUUAUCAAAGCGUUUGGUGCACCAUUUUCAUGGCGAUGGUUUAGUCCAUUCUCAUCACCUUCAUUUGUUCCGACAAUAUUACCAGGACUUCCAGAUGAUGUCAAUUUAACCAAUAUGUUAUAUUUAGCUGAACAAAAUGCAACUCGACAAAAUACAAGUGAAUUUCAGUCAGAUUUUAAUCAAAUUGGAUAUAUUGUUUGA